GCAGGCGCCUUUUGGCGUUACAACCCAAAGCUGUUCAGGUAUCAAGAAAAGCAUCUUCGCGCAAUUCACGCCCACAAUCCAGCCCUCACCCGUAUCCUCCCAUCCGUAUACCCAGCAAUCACGUUCAAUGUAGGCAACGCCAUCAUAUGCUGCAGGCACCGUGAUCCAAGCGACUUAGCGCAUGGCUGGUGUGCUAUAUGGGCUGGGGGUAAUUAUAAUCCCGACAUGGGAGGGCACCUCAUUCUCUAUGAAUGGGGACUCGUCAUAAGGUUUCCACCGGGUUCUGUCAUCUUUAUCCCUUCCAGUAUUGUUAACCAUGGCAACACACUUAUUCAAGAAGGUGAAACCCGGGUCUCAUUCACACAAUAUUGUUCAGGAGCGCUCAUACGAUGGGCCGAGUUUGGA